UCAUUACCCUGGGAAUCAAACUGCGGGGGCGAUAUUCUGCGUUCUUCUAUAACUACGAAAGUCUAAACUGCAAAAAAAGAGUGUUAAAUGUUCUUUAUCAGCGAUUUGGAAUGCAGCGAAUCAAUGUCUUAUUUCAAUAGAAAGUUUUUCAUUUGAUUCCUUUACGCUCCUACUCGUGAAACGUUGAUUCGCACCGCUUAUUUUGACAGGUUUGAUGACAGUUUGUUCUUCUCAUUAGUCUCAUUAAUCGAGGGAAGCUAUUUGCCGCAGAAACCAUGGCGAGCAGAAGCAGCCCUAGAAAGAGUUUGAAAAACUUGUUUUCCAAGAGCGAGGUGAAUUUACAAGAGGUGGAGGAUAAAGAGGCGAAGAAAGGAAGGUCUUUCAAGAAGUUGUUCAAAAUCGAUCGCAGCAGGAAAAAGAAAAAGGAUGCAGAGAGUGAUCAGUCCAGGGACGACCAAAGUGACAGAGCUGAUCAAAUUGAGGGUGAAGAGAAUCCGCACAACAGCCUAGAGAACAAUGAGGAAAAGUGGCCCAACGUCAUCGGUUCCAAAAAGACCUCAAUAUACAGCACAGCCCCCAGGUCAAAAAAGGGAAGCCUAAGUUACUCAGAAUCUGAACUGCAUAAGAGCAGCAAGUCAAAGAAAUUUGGAACCUUUACUUUUGGGUGGAGGAAGAAAAAGAAGGACAUCACAAAAAGUUCCAUCAACCUGGAUUUUGAAGAAACUUUUGAGAAAAGUGUUACAGGUACAACAGAAGAUUUGGGCAAUGGAGAGUCUGCUCAGAUCCAUGACUCCACAUCUGAGAUGCAGGAGGAGACGGUGGAUGCUUCCCAGUCCAGGCAUGUUCGUUUUCAGUCGUUGAAAUCCCCUGAAACUUUGCCUAACCCGGAGGUAGAAGCUUCUAUCUCCCCUGACCUCAACCAGCUUCAGGCUGUGGAUCAUCAGGAAGAAGAUGUCAAGGAGGGGGAAGUGGCAGGGAAGACCGCUGAUCCUGGGAGACCUCCAGAGUGCUUGCCCAAGUCAGCAGAGAAUAUUUCAGAUUCCAACUUAGAAAGACCAGUGAGCGAAGAGCAAAAGCAGCUUCAGAAAAAGAUCCAGAGGAGAUAUUCUGGUCAAACAAGUAAUGAUAAAGCGACGUCUGCUGCAGGUCCCCUGAGGAGCAGUCCGGAGAGAUUAAAAUUAAAUUCUUCAGUUGGCGGUUCUAGCCCAGUUAAAUCAGCUUUAUACAGGGCUUUGUCUUUAGAGGCUGAUUCAUUAAGUACCAAGAAUGAUUCCACUGAAGAAGAGACGAGGAAUGUUCAUCAGAUGGCUGAAGACAGACCUGAUGAUUACAGUUUAAUUGCAGCAGAAGACACAGACGAAUUAUGGCAGCAGGGUGAAAAUUCUAAGGGAUAUGAAACAGCUGAGAGAGAAAGAAUUAGUGGAUCAGCAGAGCAGCCUCCUAACAAGGCCAGCCUAGCUGUGGACUUCUCCCCAUCACAAGAACCUUUGGUAUCGAAGAAGAAUCAUGAGAGUUGGUCCGGAUCUCAAGUUGGAAACACAUUAGCCCAGGUGGAAGAAUCAACUAGGGGAAGUAGCAGAAAGAGUGUCUUCACACCUGGCAGCACUGUCUUGCCUACUGAAACAGUGGAAAACCAUAGCCUAGGUGAAAAUAUGGUUCUGCAUGGUUUAGAUGAUGGACUAGGCACUUCAGAAGAAAACAAAUCAGAAACUAAUGAAAGCUGUCAACAGAAGUUUUGGGGUAAUAGUUCUUUCUCAAACAUCUAUAAAGACCAGCUUUAUUCAGAUGAGUUGUCAUCAGAUGUAUCCCCAACUGAGCAAGAGGAAAUACCCGUUACCAAGCCCGAUCAAGAUCUGAAUCAAAGAAAUCAAACAGAACAUGAAUUUCGAGGAGAUCAAAGCUUAAUAAGGGAGAGAAACAAAGAUACCCCUGACAAAAAAUCCUUACAAAAUACCCAUCCUGACAUAGAGGGCACAAAAAUCAGUGACACUGAUUCAGCUGACCAUAACAAAGUUGAGAUAAGGGGAGAGCUAUGUGAGAUCUUUCAAGAUGAAACAGAAAUAAUAGCUCAAGAGGAGAAAGACACUAAUUGCACAGUCCAAUCUUCUGUGCUCCUUGCAAACAAAGAAAACUGGGUGCUUAGGCAGUUUGAAAGCAGCAGGGAGGACCUGAAGGAUUUAGGCCAAUCAGGACCAGCACCUAGGAAUUUUGAAGAAAAAGAAGCCAGUUUUGAGACUGGACCAGGUCAAGCCAAGAUUAAGCAGGCAGAACAACGCCUGCCCAUCUGUGAGGCAGUGGACCACGAAUCAAUACAGAGGAGGGCCUGGGGCUAUGAAGGGAGUGAAGAAUUUCUGAAGGAACCUGUUCAGCAGGUUUCUAAAAGAGAGGAAUCCUUGGCAUCUCCGCCCACAGGAGGGUGUAGAGCAGAGGACAGGGAGGAGACCGUGGCAAACAACACAGAAAACCUGAAGCACCCAGAGCAGCUAGCUGCCCCUCCCUCUCAGGAACAGGGCCAGGAAGUAUCACACAGGGAAGUGUGCUCACAGCGAGACACCUCCAGUAACUUCCACCUGAAUGACAGAUCAGCUUCUGUCGUUUACCCUGGAGAGAGAACAGCUGAAAAUAUUUUCAGUGUUCCACGCCUGGUAAAUGAGGAUUUUCAUCUUGGGAAUCCCCACUCUCUGGGACUGGACGAGAUGGCUAAGAAUGGAUCUCACAGUACAGCUAUAUAUGGCACCGUGGCUAACUCUGGAUUCGGCAUACUAAACACCACACUGACCGUAAAGCCUGCUAUCCAGGAGGACAGCAAGGAUGACAGCAAGACGUGGUUCCACAAGAUGUCACUCAUCAAGAGCAGCAAUUCCCCAGCAGGCUCCAACAUCGUGGUACAGAAUGGUGGGACCAAACGCCCUAUUCAUGAGUUCCACUACCUGUCUGAAGUAGACAGCUACAGCAAUUUCCCUGCAUUACAGAACACAGCUGAGAACCCUGAAAGGGGUCAUUUGGAGAAUAUCACUUCAUCUCCCAGAGAGUAUGCAGAUGCACAUGAAAAUAAACCUGAGGCAACAAUGUUUAGAGACACAGACUAUAAAAAUGAAAUGGAAGACUUUUUAAAGCCUUUCAGUGAAAAAAACCUGGAUACCAGACGCUCUGCUCCCUCAGCAUUUAACAGGGAAAGCUACUUUACUCGGCAUGAGGGAGAACAAAUGCCUAAUAGUCACAUGACAGCUCCAGCAGCCAACAGUGAUUCCAAAGGUCAACACAGUUUUUUCUCUGAUAGCAGAGCUGAGCAGAGCUGGGAGGAGCCUGGUGAAGACUUAUAUUACCAGUGGUAUUCCCAGAUACAUGCAGAGGACGGCUCUGAUGUUGACUCUUUCAGUGGUGUCUUCACAGCCAAGCGAGUGGAGUUCCUACCCUCUCCACCUCCAGAAGACCUAGACUCUCCACAUGAAAUGGACAGUUUUGUGGACACUUUGAGGAACAUGGAUUCACCUUUGGUCCUGAGACCACACAGGGGCCCAAGGCCUCCCCGGCCAAUGUCUCUCCCAAGCUUCUACUCCUUACCUCCUAUUGAAGAGGACCUACCUACCCAUGAUGCACAAGCCCCCUUCGAGUGCUCGAAGUCUAUGGAUUCUGUUGACUCCGUGGUGCCAGCACAAGAACCAACCAAACCAGUUCUUCCUAAAGACCUGGGAUUGCGCUUGAACAUGGGAAAGGAAUUAUUGUCACCCUUGGAAAUGAUGAGAAGACAGAAGGAACAAGACUCAGAAGAAAAGGCCAGGACACCUUUCACUCUGCCAAUGAGAGCAUCUGCUGACAGCAGCAUUGUUUUCAGGAAAGGGUCUCUGGGGACUGGCUCUCCUGAGAGCGCUCCUUCACAGACACCUGAGAAGGCUUUGAGCUCCUCAGAAGACAGGCCCUACUCCAGGCUGGACAGCAGCCUGCUGUUCUCUAAUUACCGCUUAACAGAGAAGACAAGUGAAAAUGGCAAGGUCAAUGGGCCUCUUUCUAGUAGUCUUUUCCGACAGUCUUCCUUACCAGAUCUCUCUGGUUCUGCAGACAAGGACCCGGCUCAGGCAGAUACCCAAAAGUCCAGCACCUUCAACCGUUUCUCCUAUCUGUUAUCCCCACCAAGCUCGGUCAGUGGUGGGCCAGAGACAACCAGGAUCAGCCUCCCACCUACACCACUGGAGCAAAAGACCCCAACUCCUGAUGCUCUCCAGUCCAAAACCAGCCUCAGUUCCAAUAGUCUGGACCUUCAGAAGCCCACCUUCGUUGACAUGCCUGCCAGGAUCAGCCUUCCUCCCAGCCCUCUGGAUUUAAUGAAACAGAAUAUGACAAAUAUUCCAUCAAACGUCAACCUGCCUUCUAACACCUUAGACCUUCACAAACCAGUCUUUAAUGACAUCCAUAGGAGCUCCUCCUUUGUUACAGCUCCUGAGACGGAAAGGAACAUCAUCCCCAAGUACAGAGCUUUCCCAGAUGCUUAUCUCACCAAAGAAAAGGAACAUGGCAAGCUUAACCCAAGGCCAGGCAAGUUAUUCAUUUAUGAUCAGCCGGGGUUCUGUGGGGGGAAGAUCGAGGUCCACAGUGACGUCAUUGACGCAACCCCAUGGGAUUUACCAGAAACCAUCUUCAUCCGCGUGCUGAGAGGAGGGUGGGUACUGUAUGAAAAACCCAACUUCAAGGGGGAGAAGAUCCCUCUGGAUGAGGGCGACACUGAGGUGACCUGUCCCUUUGGGCUGCCAGAAGGACAGGAAGGAGAGCCACAGCUGAGCAGGAAGUUUGUCAUCGGCUCCCUGCGCAGAGCUGUCAGGGAUUACAGUGUUCCUGAAAUCUGCCUGUUCCCAGAGGAGAAUGCAGAAGGGAAGAAAGUGAUAUUUCGAGACACCUCGGAGGAUGCCCGGAUUUUUGGGUUCCCGAUAAAAGCCAACUCCCUUAUUGUGAAUGCUGGGCUGUGGUUGGUGUUUUCCAAACCAUUCUUUGAAGGGGUCCCACGAGUACUGGAAGUGGGAGGGUUCCCUAACCAGGAGGCUUGGGGUGCUACUGAACCAUAUGUGGGCUCCCUUCACCCACUUAAAAUAGCUGAGCCAAAGGUGGAGAAACCUAAUGAACCAAAGAUAAUAAUCUAUGAGAAAUCGUACUUCACGGGGAAGAGUCGGGAGAUUUACACGAACACCAGGGAUUUCAUGACCAGGGUGGACAAACAGAAUGUCUUCAUGUACAGCGCUGGCUCCAUCAAAGUCCUGGGUGGAAUCUGGGUGGCUUAUGAGAAGGAGGGAUUUCGGGGGCACCAAUACCUGCUGGAGGAAGGGGAUUAUCAUGACUGGAGGGUGUGGGGGGGCAGCAACUCUGAGCUACGAUCCCUGCACCUCAUCAGAGCAGAUUUCUCAGAUCCCAUGAUGAUAAUGUUUGAGGAAAGUGAGAAUGAGGAAGAUCCCAAGACUUUUGAAGUGACAGAGGCUAUCCCAGAUGUGGAGCUCUUCGGAUACCAAACCAUAACUCAGUCCAUUCAUGUUCUGAGUGGAGUGUGGAUAGCCUACUCCCAUGUGGACUUCUCUGGAGAUCAGUACAUACUGGAGAAAGGGUUCUACAACAGCUGUCAGGACUGGGGAGCCACUGAUUGCAAGAUCUGCUCAGUCCAGCCUGUCCUGCUGGCACCAAGAGAAAGUCAAGACUUCAAGAAUGAGAUCCUCUUGUUCUCAGAGCCUGAGUUUCGGGGCAGUAGCCAGUCUUAUGAUGAAGAUAUCGAAGUUCUGCCUGACUCCUUUCAACCUCAGUCCUGCAGGGUGUUGGGUGGGAGCUGGGUGGUGUAUGAGGGAAGAGAGUUCUCAGGAAACCUGUAUGUCCUGCCAGAGGGUGAAUACCCAGACUUUGCCAGUAUGGGCUGUCCCCCCAGCACCGUCAUUCGCUCCAUCAAAACUGUGCCCAUUAUGUUCACAGAGCCCUCCAUCUCACUGUUCAGCCUGGAGUGUUUCGAGGGCAAAGAGAUUAGCCUGACCUCAGAGGUGUUGAGUCUUCUGGCAGAAGGAUUCAACAACCAUGUCCUGUCUGUACGAGUCAACUCUGGCAUAUGGGUUAUAUGUGAGCACAGCAACUACAGGGGGCGUCAGAUCCUGGUGGAAACCAUUGAGAUAACCAACUGGCAUAAGUUCAGUGAGCUCUCCAAAAUAGGGUCACUAUACCCUGUUCCACAGAAACGUUACUUCUUCCACAUCAAGAACAAGGAGCGAGGCCACUACAUGUCCAUCCAGGGAGAUGUGGCAGAAAUGAAGUCAGGCCGGGUGGUUGUCACAGAGCACAUUGAGGGCCUGAGCCAUGUCUGGUAUUAUGAGGAUGGGCUUAUCAAGAACAAGCUGGCGCCCACAAUGAGCCUGCAGGUGAUGGGCAAUGCGGAACAGGGUGCCCGGGUAGUACUGUGGUCGGAGAGCCGAAUGCCCAAACAGACCUGGAAUGCCCAGCUUAGUGGGUGCAUUGGGAGUCGGAUUUUCCAAGGAAUGGUGCUCGAUAUAAAAGGGGGCAAGACCUACGACAAGGAUCAUGUAGUGAUCUGGCAGGAGAGUGGGGAAAGGCCUUCUCAGCAGUGGGAGCUACAGAUCUUGUAGAACACACUGAUGGAAAUCUGAGGAAGGAAGGAAGAUCAGGCCCAGAGAAGGAUUAGUGUCAUCUUCCUUAAAACCAAAGGUCCUGGUCCUGGAAGGAGCAGAAACUGUUUACACUGGACUUACCUCUCAGAUCUCAGUGGAGCUGGACACAGUACCCGGCCGAGGUGCAGGUUUAACCUCUGUCUCUAGUACGAGUGUGAAUUCUAUAGGGAGAAAUGGCCAAGCGAGUAACAGGUUACACGUUUGAGCUGCUGGAUGAAAUCAAAGGAUGUGAGCACUAUUCUCCUGCCUCCUAAUACAAAUCCCUGUCAGCAAAGCUUUUUGAAGAAUUAUAUCAGCAUCUUCAAAAUAGGGUCUUUAAAAGAGCCCAGGGGGAAAAAACUCAUUCCAAUGCACUGUACAUAAAUGUAGUUUCUUUUUUUAAAUAAUGUAUAUACAUUUUGGUACAUUCUGUAGAUAUGCUUUUUUAUUUUAUGUUUUAUAUUUUUCUUUCAUACCAAAAAAGUUAUGAUUACUUACCUUUUGGAUUAUUCAUAACUCUUUCUGUCUUUGGAGUAUUGUUUUAGAGCGUAGUGUAAAGUUAAAAUAUUAUAUUAAAUAUUAUAAUAUGUAACUUUGUGCUUCAUUACAAUUUGCAUGAGAGUGUGUAGCUUUUAAGACCUGGGAUGUCAAACAUCAAUUAAAUGGUUUCAUUCUGUUUUCAGUUCUUAGGCAGUGACAGUUUUGUGUAUGUAGUUGUACUGUAUAUUUAGUAUACUAUUCAUAUAUACACUUGGCAUUAAUUCUGCUAUAGCCCAUCAGAACAUGUAUGUGUGAAAUUGUUUAAUAGGCUUUGCUGAGACAAUACAAACUGCUCUGGAUUAAAAUGUUCCAGUAAUCGCUCCUCAGAUUAGAGGCAGAUUAUCUUAACCACCAUGUAUUUUAAAGGUGUAAAGAAACCAAACCUCCAAGAAAGAUCCUACAUGAAUAAGGAGGAUCUGUUAUUGAGUAAACAAAGGUAAAAAACAGAUGUAAAAUAUGGCAAAGUACAAAAAACAAACCAUGGGAAAACAAAAUGUAAAGCUUUGUGCAUAAAAUUUGAAAAUCACUUCUGUAUUGGUUGUCAUAAUGCCUCUGGGUCAUAUUGAACUACUGUAAUACAAGUGUAGGCAAAGUAAAAUGCAGUUUAUGCACACUUAGCAGGUGGUAAACUUUAACAGCCUGUCCUGGAUUUCUUGUGCAGUGUAGAAAUGCCCCAAUGUCACAGUGUUCUGGAUGCAGUCGUCUGUUCUGUAUUAUUUUGCAGUGCAUUAUUUAUUUCAAUGUAUCUGAUAUGAAUCCUGGUCAUUGGGAAUAUGCAGUAAAAAUCUUACGAGAUUGUUUAAAUUUU